AUGAGCUCGUCCAAGCGCCGCCGACAUCAGCAGCAGAGGCUCGCCUUCGAGGCUGUUUCUGAAGCCGACUCGCCAGCCCUGGGCCAAGGGCUUUCGCCUGCAAGGGUCAGGUUCCAGUCACCCAACAACGGGAGCCCAAGCAGUCGUUCAGUGCGCCCACCCAAGAUGACGCGCUCCAAGAAGCCAAAGCAGCAGACUUUGGAUGCAUCGCUUAGCAAAGCAAAAAUCAAACAGCCAAAAGACGAGGAAGGUGAGGAUGAUAAUAGGCCCCUGUCACUGGGAAACGAUGUGAAAGUUCGAAGGAGGCAACCGCCUUCCCCUCCUCCCUCGUCUUUCAUGUCAAAGUCCAACAGAGCACACCAUCACGUCGUGGAUAGUGACUCGGAGACUCCUGUGGAAGAGGACGGAGAGCUGGAUGACACGGAUGGCGAAGGCCCCUCAAGACCCGAGAUCAUCCGGAGACGUCUCAACCGCCCGGCCAAGAGAAGCGGUGUGCCUGUCAUCAACUUGGAUGGCAGUGACGAUGAAGAGCCCAACGUCCGCUCAUCCCAGUCUCUACCGAACCAGGCCGCCGUUAGUGAUGACUCCGACGUGCCGCUGGUGACCCCACGGUCGAGCGCGCGUCAGAAGGGCCGGGUGGUCUUGAAUGAGGACGAGGACGAGGACGAGAAUGAGGAGGAUGAGGAAGACAUCCAGAGCCCUACGAAAAGGCGAAAGCUCACCCGCAACACUCGUCGUGUGAGUCCUGUGGCCAGUAGUGAUGGUUCAGACUCGGACUUGAGCCUAUCAAAUCGCCAAGUCACUCCCCAAAGCAAGAAAUCUGGUUCCUCGCAGUCCUCGACUCGUAAGAUGAGAUCGAGCGCACGCAAGGGUCACCGCUCUGAGAAGGAAAAGAAGAUGGAACUCUUGCGCCGCAGGAGGGCUGGGGAGAAGGAUCUCACCAUGUCAGACCUAGAAACGUCUGAAGAGGACAUCGAUGAGGACCAGGGUGCUCUGUAUGAUACGGACUCAGACCACCAGGUCCUUGACGUGUUCGAUGACGAGUCGGACGCUGGACCCUCGGAAGCUGCAGCACCUGCCAAGAAGUCCAAGAAAGCGAAGAAGAAGCAGAGGAGCAAAGCCUCGGGCAAACGAGACGCGGGCGGCGACGAAGGCACUGAGGACAGCGAGGGGAAUCUGGAGGGCUUCGUCGACGAGGAUGACGACACCAUCGGAGUCCCGGAUGAGGCAUUGUACCAGAUGCCCUUGGAGUUCACGCGUGCCUCUCGCAAGCCCCUUAAGGCUCACUUCAAAGACGCUGUGGAGUGGCUCGUCCACCGCCGGAUCAACCCUGGCUUUGAGAGGGACGAUGAGGUCUACAGGACGGCGUGGACACGACUUAACGACGAGGUUAUUGGCCUUGCGAACUCGAAGUGGGUCUCGUCUUCCUGGAGGCCUGAUUUUUACCGGCUCCUACGGGCUCGACCAUACAUCGAGCAAGCCGAGCUCGGCUAUGGUCAUCUCGGCACCGACGUGGAAAAGUGCCAGGCGUGUGGACGGUCGAACCAUCCGGCAACGUGGGCUAUCAAUUUUACGGGAAAACCAUAUGACAGCUACACGUUGGACGAGUUGGACAAUGACACGACCACCGACUCGGAGGAUGAGUCCAAUCAUUCAGAGCGCCCGGACCGCGACGCACACGGCAACGAACUCCCAUCCGAGGACAGGCAGUUCUUCGUCGGCACGGUCUGCAACAGCAACGCCGAGAUGGCCCACAACCUGCUGCACUGGAAGCCAGCGCUGCGGGACUGGGUCGGCAACACGCUGGAGAGGGAGGGCUGGCUGGCGCCUGAGAAGCUGGCCGAGCUGGACAGGAUGAAGUCCAAGAAGCGGCGCAAGGUCGCCGACGGCGUCAUCGAGGACUGGGACGAGCGCGGCAUCAUCAAGCGCCUGUACGGCGACUUCAAGGAGAACAUCCGCAGGGCCGAGGAGAGGGACACCACCAAGUCGUCGAGGGGCGGGCGCAACUAUACCCGGUAG